AUGGUCGUGAGACUCCAGAGGCUAGCCAAUGCCCUGGGGAAUGAAGAAUGGCUGAGAGGACAAGCAGAAGUGAUGCUGGGCAAGUUUCUGCUUCCUGCCUCUUGGAAGCCAGUGAACAUUAGGGCUUUCCUGGGAACCCUGCAUUGUGAGCAGAUCGUGGAAGAUGUCAUGGAGAGAGAGAAAGGGCGAGAGGAUGAAAGAGAACAGGCAAAGAGCAAGGGAGCCAGACAUCUGUGUUGGGAAAGGAGUAAUACCUAUGUUUUGCCAUUCCCAAGUGAAUAUGAUACAACUUGUAAAGAGAUUACAUUGGCCGGCAAGGGUCACGAUCCCAAGGAACCAGAGCAGUUGAGAAAGCUGUUUAUCGGUGGUCUGAGCUUUGAAACUACAGAUGAUAGCUUAAGAGAACAUUUUGAGAAAUGGGGCACACUUACAGAUUGUGUGGUGAUGAGAGACCCCCAAACAAAACGUUCCAGGGGCUUUGGUUUUGUGACUUACUCUUGUGUUGAAGAAGUGGAUGCAGCAAUGUGUGCUCGACCACACAAGGUUGAUGGGCGUGUAGUGGAACCAAAGAGAGCUGUUUCUAGAGAGGAUUCUGUAAAGCCUGGUGCCCAUCUAACAGUGAAGAAAAUUUUUGUUGGUGGUAUUAAAGAAGAUACAGAAGAAUAUAAUUUGAGAGACUACUUUGAAAAGUAUGGCAAGAUUGAAACCAUAGAAGUUAUGGAAGACAGGCAGAGUGGAAAAAAGAGAGGAUUUGCUUUUGUAACUUUUGAUGAUCAUGAUACAGUUGAUAAAAUUGUUGUUCAGAAAUACCACACUAUUAAUGGGCAUAAUUGUGAAGUGAAAAAGGCCCUUUCUAAACAAGAGAUGCAAUCUGCUGGAUCACAAAGAGGUCGUGGAGGUGGAUCUGGCAACUUUAUGGGUCGUGGAGGAAACUUUGGAGGUGGUGGAGGUAACUUUGGCCGUGGUGGAAACUUUGGUGGAAGAGGAGGCUAUGGUGGUGGAGGUGGUGGCAGCCGAGGGAGUUAUGGAGGAGGUGAUGGUGGAUACAAUGGAUUUGGAGGUGAUGGUGGCAACUAUGGCAGUGGUCCUGGUUAUAGUAGUAGAGGAGGUUACGGUGGUGGUGGACCAGGAUAUGGAAACCAAGGUGGUGGAUAUGGUGGCGGUGGUGGAGGAUAUGAUGGUUACAAUGAAGGAGGAAAUUUUGGAGGUAACUAUGGUGGUGGUGGAAACUAUAAUGAUUUUGGAAAUUAUAGUGGACAACAGCAAUCAAAUUAUGGACCCAUGAAAGGGGGUAGUUUUGGUGGAAGAAGCUCGGGCAGUCCCUAUGGUGGUGGUUAUGGAUCUGGUGGUGGAAGUGGUGGAUAUGGUAGCAGAAGGUUCUAAAAACUCAGAAGAAAAGGGCUACAGUUCUUAGCAGGAGAGAGAGCGAGGAGUUGUCAGGAAAGCUGCAGGUUACUUUGAGACAGUCGUCCCAAAUGCGUUAGAGGAACUGUAAAAAUCUGCCACAGAAGGAACGAUGAUCCAUAGUCAGAAAAGUUACUGCAGCUUAAACAGGAAACCCUUCUUGUUCAGGACUGUCAUAGCCACAGUUUGCAAAAAAGUGCAGCUAUUGAUUAAUGCAAUGUAGUGUCAAUUAGAUGUACAUUCCUGAGGUCUUUUAUCUGUUGUAGCUUUGUCUUUUUCUUUUUCUUUUCAUUACAUCAGGUAUAUUGCCCUGUAAAUUGUGGUAGUGGUACCAGGAAUAAAAAAUUAAGGAAUUUUUAA